AUGACCAAGAAAUUAGCAAUCAUCGGAGCCGGCCCCGCAGGACUCUGUUUAGCGAACACCCUCAUCCAGCACACUGACUUAGACGUGCAGGUGUUUGAGAGAGAUGCGCACAUCAAUGCUAAGCCGCAAGGGGGUAGUUUAGAUGUGCACGUGGAGGCGCAAGAGGCGCUGAGAGCGGCGGGGGUGUAUGAGCAGUUUGCCCUGCACGCGAGGUGUGGUGACCAAGAGGACGUUAUAUUAGACAAGCACGCCUCUAAGCAUGUGCAUAUGAGGGCCGAAAGCGGAUACAAGAAUGAAAAUGAGAAUAACAAUAAGAAUAAGCCGGAGAUAGACAGAACUGCACUGAGACAUUUUCUCUGCGACGCCCUCCCAGAAGGCGUAAUCAGGUGGGAUACCAAAGUGGACAAGGUGGAGCAAGCCACUCAAGGUAGCCCAGCCACCAUCCACUUUGACGGUAACAAACACUCAUUCGACCUGGUCGUCGGCGCGGAUGGUGCGUGGUCCAAGGUCAGACCACUCCUGCACACCAUCCCUCCCUUCUACUCCGGUGUCAGUUGUUAUGAAGGCAACUUAAGGGACGCGAGUGUGAAACAGGCACAAGAGGAUUUCUCCGAUGUCUUCUGCAACGGCACCACAUUCAUCCUCGCGGAGACAGACGGGCUUAUGGUGAUACAGAAAAACAGCGGAGACUGCUACAAAGUGUAUGUGUACAAAUCCAAGCCGGAGGCGUGGGCGAGGGAGGCGGGCAUUGAGGAGCCGAGUGCACUGCGCGCUGCGAUGCUCGAUGACAUCAAAGACUGGUCGCCUAAGCUCCAUGGCGUCGUCAGAGCACUUAAUAUUGAUAUUUUCAAGAGAGCAAUGUAUAUGCUGCCAUCGGGAAUAAUGUGGGAGUCGAAACCUUCAAUCACAGUGGUGGGCGACGCAGCAAGUUUGCAGACACCUUUUGCUGGACAGGGCGUCAAUUUGGCUCUCAUUCAAGCGCACAAACUGGCUCAGUCGCUUGUCUCACAUAAAGAAAACCAGCUACUCGCCGUUCAAGAUUAUGAGAAGUGGAUGCACGACGAAGCUAAUAGCAAAAUGACGCUUACGUGGACCAAUCUUCAAAUGUUCAUGAACAAGGGCGCAAUUGCAAAGCUGAAACAGUUUGUUGCUUAA